AUGGAGUUCAUUAAAGGCUCUUUAUUUUCUAGGCAAGGAAAAGCAAGCGCUCAUAAUCAUCCUGAUUUGUAUGAUGGACCCAAAAGAAAGCCAAAGAAAAAAAUUGUUGACGCAAUUGAUAUCUCACAGAUUGGAAACAUAUUGCAAGAUCUUGAAAAGCAAAGAGUUACAGAAGAAACAGCAGCAAAGCUUAAACCUACUCGUCCGACCUCAAGCUUUGUUGCGGUUUCCCGAGAACAAUAUGAAUUUGCAUUUAGAAAUCGUACAGGAUCUCCAAGAGUUGGAGCAUACACUCCUCGCUAUAAUUUCGUGCAUCCUAAUAACAAUAACAUCCCAAAAAUUAACAACUCUUCUCAAUCUCCAAGAGAAAAAGUGAUUUUUCUACCAAAUUGCUUAGAUGAUGAUCUAAACUGCACCUUCCCAAAAUCUUGUAACAAUAAAAGUUCUUUAAAAGAAAUGACAAAUACAAACAUGUCUUUCAAAAAAUUUGAUGAAAGACUAAAUAGAACAAUUUCUUGUAUAAAAGAUUAUGACAUUAAAAUAGACGUAAAAGAAGGAAAUAUUUGUCCAAUCCCAGAAAAAUUUCAAAAGAAAUCUAGAGCUCCUUUGCCUCUUCAUAAGCAAAAGCGUAGAGAAGAAUUUGUAAAACCUCAAGAUCCUCCCAAUGAGAAACGUUUUGAUUUCGAUAAUGGCGACUCUCCUGUUCAUACAAGAACAAAGAGGUCAAGAACUAUCAGUUUUAAUAAAAUGAUGGGGAGAAAAGAAUUUUUUGAAGAAAAAAUUUCCCUUGGACCUUAUGAAAGAAAUGAAGAAGUUCUUAUACCAAAGUUAAGCAGACUAGUUUUAGGAUUUGAUAAAUUGCUUGAGAGAAAACCAUUAGUUUUGGAACAUACUUUGAAUAAUCCUCAGCCAAUUGAGCUGAGAGACUUUGAAAAGGCCCAUUUCAAGCUCAGCCAUGUGAGAGGGUAAUUUAUAUUUAGACCUUACAAAAUACCAUCUAUGAGUACGACUACUGAAAGAGACGACGUAAUGUACAGAACUCUUGAAAAUUAUAUGCUGAAUGUCCCUGAAAAGCAAAGUGCAAUGACCCCACCAAGAAAUAGUGUUCCAAUAAUGAGAUAUUCAAAGAUCAAAAUAUAA